AUGCUUGAAGGAACGCAAGUGUCCCUUUUAAUUUUUCUUACGAUCCUGAUGAGGUUUGAAGUUUUAUUAGCGGCAAGCUUACAAAAAGACAGCUAAUUGCUUGUUAUACUCGCUUCGCUAUAAACUUCUCUGUGUCUGAAAGAAAAGGUACAUUUGAUCACUAAUAUCGAUUCGAGAGAUCAGAGAAGAAAAAUACACUUUUUUCAUUUUCAUUCAGUCAAAAUACGCAUUGAAAUAGAAAACAAAAUACUUACCUGCGUACGUAAAUUGUCCUGCUUGCUUGUGGCUUCGAGGUAGUAAGAGGGUUUUCUUAACAUUGUGAUGGUAAGUUUCAUUAUUCUUACAUCUUCAGUGAAUAAUUUUUACACGCUAUUGGUGUUGCUAUGUAAAUAAAGUCCUCGUUGCUAGUAAUCAACUUACGAGCCUCCGUUUCCUAGCGACCAAUAGAACCCAGCUUUCCUCGACAUUUAAUUUCAACAUGGCGGCCGCUUCGCCUAAAAGGGUUAAGUCUCCUAAAACUCCCAAAACGCCAUCCAAGAAGACAAGUAUUUCAAAUUCACCAUCUCCAAGAUCAUCUCCCAGUAGAAACCUGUCAGAUGUUGCUAGAAAGGUUAGAGAUUGUUGUGCCAGCUGGCAUGAAAACGCUAAAAAUUGGUCAAAACUGAAGGAAGCGGGAUUGUCUCUGGCUAACAAGCUGGUGAACUUACAACUUCAAAAAGAGUAUGUGACAUCAAGUUUCUUACAACUUAUGUAAACUUCCGUCAUUUACUUGCCUAAAUUUCGAUCAAUUUACUUAUGGCGACUGCUGGAAAUUUUUGGGUUAAUAGAUACAGCUCGAUGGACGACAACACUACAGUUUCACCAGUUGACCACGACUCUGAUUUGAAGUUACAUGAUGAAAUUAUGAACACCUCUCAAGAACUAUCACGAAUUUAUGAUUCUUUGGUAAGUAAAAUUAAAAAAAAAAAUAAUGAGGCGUUAGUUGUUGAAUGUCAUUACAAGUUUUAAAUACCCUUGAUCCGAGAAUAGUCCAUCUGGCCCAUUUGACAACUAUUAGAAGCCAAGUUCAGUGGAUUUGAUAAGAACCACAGAUAAAUAAGUUGGUUGAUGGGUGGCUGAUAGUCAUUAACACACUACUGAUAAUCAGACAAUGUCUUGAAAGACAUUUCUGCUACUUGGGACAAAAUUAUCAUCAGAUGAUACUGGCUCAGCCCUGUCUCUAACCAUGGGUGUUUUUGUGAGCUCAAAGGGGAUGACGCAUGCACCAAAACACCCCACAGCUGUAGAUUGAGCCUUGACAUAGGGUUACUAUCAAUGGAGUGUCAUCUACCAUCAGAUGCCUAUGGGUCAACCAUCAGGUGAAUUCUGGUCAACUGUGAUCAAAUGAGUUCUGCCUAAUGCAUUGAAUGAAGCUAUCCACAUGUACAUAAUGCAGCAGAGUUACCUAUAGGGGAGUUUUUCAGUGGCUUUUGUAAGAAUACAUCAGGUGUGCUUUAGUGAGAUAAUCAUGACUGGUUAAGAUUAACUUACACUAUCCUCUUAGCAAAUCUGAUGCAAAUCAAAAAUACCUAGUAAUUACCUGCAUAUUUGUGUUCCUGUGAGCUCUGACGAGUAUCACCAGUAUUUACUUCAAGUCGUGAGUGGCUUGUACAGGUGUUAACCUUUGCUCUUAAAAGCAGUUGUGACUCUUUUAGCAUUGGUUUUCACACUCAAUGAAGACAAAUAGAUUAUUUUAAAAUGUAGUUAGAGACUGAAGACCUUUACUCUUCUCCUCCCCCAUAGGCUGAAUUACAGACUAAGAUGAAAUCCUUAGAGCAGAAUUUCCAUGCCAUAGGAAACCUGAAGGCUCUUCAAAGAAAGGGAGAAAGCUCUGAUGAUCGAAUCUUCAGCACGUGGACUAUUGAGGAAUUCUGUGAGUGUUCCUCUUUAAUUGCUGCACAUUUCCUUGAUAAUUAAUUGCAAGAAUUUGGUGUUAGAUCAAGAUAACAACUUCUACCUGAUAAGUUUCAGUAUUCCCAUUACCUGUUUGCUGGAUAAUCUAUGGAUUGUCUAGGGAGAAUUUACUCGUUAAUCACUUCUGGGAAUUAAAGGCACUCAAUAAUUAUUUUUUUUCCUCAGGUGAUGCAUCAAAGAUACUUCUUGAUUCAUAUACCAAAGAACUUUCUUUGAAGGAGAGACUAGUAAUGGAAUUUACUCAUUGUAAGAACAGAGAUGAACUGAUGGUAUAUCUGUCACUAUGGUUACACGAGCCACUCUUAAACGAUGAGAAUGAAGUUCUUCUAGAGAGCAUGUUGAUUGAAGCUGAUUUAAGAUAAUGUCACAGUCACAAAUUCUAAAUACACUUUUUGUCAUCCUUUUGUGGCUGUUAGAGUAGCACAAUGUGAGGCACUCUUGAAGGAUUGUUGGAUGGACUUGUUGUCAUCAAGACCAAGAUGCAGGGCUGUAGUCAAGAAAUUAGCCUGCCAGCUGAAACUUUAGGAAAGGCAGCUCAGAGAUUGCAUUCAAUAGAAAGUGACUGGGUAACCUCAGAGGUGACUGCCCUUUCAAUUGUCCAAUCUCACUGGCAGCUAAGGCUUAGAGACAACCCAGAUGAUGUACAGCUUGUAACUAGAUAGUCACACUAUGCUUGAUAUUGUGUGAACCUUUUGAGACUAGAAGCUCAAGAAGGGAAUGAUGGUGGCAGGGAAGGAUAUCACAUAAAAGAUCUUGUGUGACAAUCAUAUGAUGCAGUAGUAAUCUUACAGCAACUACUUUUUAAGUAUAACAAUGACUUGCUUGCAAUAAGUCAUCAAUCUUUUAUGACAGGCAAGAAGUCAACUGCUCAGAAAAAAACCCUGAUUCUCACUCUGUUGUAAGCAGUUUGUGGCAAGAAAAAAUGAUACUAUUGUUUUAUGAAGAAUCACAAGAUAUUAAAUUUGGAACUUGUAAUGUACUGUGUAUGCACCUAGUCUGGUACAUUGGUGUUAACCUGUGUUGAGGUGCACUGUAUUAAGCUGCCAC